AUGGCAAAGUCUGCUAUCCUCUCCGUCUACGACAAGACCGGCCUCCUGGACCUGGCAACAGGCCUGGCGGAAAACAAUGUCCGCAUCCUGGCGUCUGGCGGCACGGCCAAGAUGAUCAGGGAAGCCGGCAUUCCCGUCGAAGACAUCUCCGCCAUCACUCAUGCCCCCGAAAUGCUCGGCGGCCGCGUCAAAACCCUUCAUCCUGCGGUCCACGGCGGUAUCCUGGCUCGAAAUAUCGAGUCCGACGAGAAAGACCUCGCUGAUCAGAAAAUUGACAAAGUCGAUUUCGUCGUCUGCAACCUAUACCCGUUCAAGGAUACCGUGGCGAAAGAGGGGGUCACAAUCGCUCAAGCUGUCGAGGAGAUCGAUAUUGGUGGUGUAACCCUGCUCCGUGCCGCCGCGAAGAACCACGCCCGUGUCACGAUCCUAAGCGACCCGAACGAUUACACCGAAUUCUUGAACGAAUUGAAAAAGGGCGAUAUUUCCGAGAGGAACCGUCGCUUGUAUGCCCUGAAGGCUUUUGAGCACACGGCCGACUAUGAUGAGGCUAUUUCGGGAUUCUUUAGAAAACAAUAUGCUGGUGACGGUGCGCAGUACCUUGCGCUUAGGUAUGGCGCGAACCCCCACCAAAAGCCGGCGGCUGCGUUCAUGGAGCAGAACAAACUGCCGUUCAAGGUCUUAAACGGUUCUCCUGGGUAUAUCAAUCUCUUGGAUUCUCUAAACGCUUGGCCAUUGGUGAAAGAGCUAAAACAAGCUCUUGGGUAUCCCGCCGCGGCUAGCUUCAAGCAUGUCUCGCCAGCGGGUGCUGCGAUUGGCAUUCCAUUGAAUGACAAGGAGAAGAAGGUAUACAUGGUUGAAGACAUCGCCGGUAUCGAUGAAUCCGGACUGGCGCAAGCUUAUGCACGUGCUCGUGGCGCAGACCGCAUGUCAAGUUUCGGUGAUGUUAUCGCGCUGUCUGAUGUUGUUGAUGUACCAACCGCGAAGAUUAUUUCUCGCGAAGUGUCUGAUGGCGUCAUCGCUCCGGGCUAUGAACCGGAAGCACUCGCAUUACUAGCAAAGAAAAAGGGAGGCAAGUACCUCGUGCUUGAAAUGGACGAUAACUAUACUCCCCCUGGUGAAGAGACGCGUACGGUGUAUGGGGUCCAGCUGCGACAAAACCGCAACGAUGCUGUCAUCUCGCCCAACUCGACUUUCGGCACGAUCAUCACGCCGAAAGAUUUGAAGAGCCUGCCUGAAUCUGCGCUUCGUGAUCUGACGGUGGCCACCAUUGCUUUGAAAUACACCCAAUCAAAUUCUGUCUGCUAUGCGGUCAACGGCCAAGUCGUUGGUCUGGGGGCCGGCCAACAGAGCAGAAUCCACUGCACCCGCCUAGCUGGUGAUAAAGCAGAUAACUGGUGGAUGCGUUUCCACGACCGUGUCCUCAACAUUAAGUGGAAGACUGGCAUUAAGCGACCUGAGAAGAGCAAUGCCAUUGACAUGCUAUGCUCGGGUCAGGUCCCGAAGAAUGAUGUUGAAAAAGCUGACUAUGAGCGAGUUUUUGAAGAAGUUCCCGCGCCUUUUACGCCGGAAGAGAGAGAGGAGUGGGCGAAGAAACUGGGCGAGGUCGUUGUUUCAUCGGAUGCUUUCUUCCCCUUUGUUGAUAAUGUAUUCCGUGCCGCUCGCUCGGGUGUCAAGUACAUUGCCGCUCCAAGCGGGAGCCAAAAUGACUCUGCCGUGUUUGAGACUGCGGAGAAAUUGGGCAUGGUUUUCGUCCAGCAGAGUAUCCGCCUGUUCCACCAUUAG